AUGGAAAGGUUCCUCAAGAUGCAGCCUCUCACUUUUGCUGGAAUCAGCAAGGACACCCUGUUACCUGUCAAAUGGGUGAAAGAAAUGGAGAAAGCUUUCAACUUCCUUGGUUGCAAUGAACAGCAGAAGCUCACCUGUGCUGGGUAUAAGCUCCAGUACACAGCAGAGGCUUGGUGGGAGACCACUAAGCCUAUUUUGCAAGCAGUGCACCCUAUCCUAACUUGGGACAUUUUCAAGCAAGCCUUCUUUGGGAAUUAUUUUCCCACCAGUGUGAAGAAGAGGAAAGAGAUUGAGCUGGCUGAAUUGAUACAGGGAUCGAAGUCAGUGCUGGAGUAUCAGCAGAAAUUUGAAGAGCUAUUCUUCUUUGCUCCCCCUCACAUGGGUACUGAUGAAGCUAAAGCACAGAAGUUUGAAGAUGGGUUGAGGCCACAGAUUGCCUCGAUAAUGGCCACCAGACCGACCCAGGGGUACUCAGAGACCGUGCAAACCGCAAAGAAGAUUGAGGAUAAGCAGAGGGAUGCUUAUCAUAUUAGUCAGUCCUCUGGCAAACGAGCAACACCAUUCCCUGACAGAGGAUUCAACAAGUUUAGCAAGUCUUCUGGACCUAGUGCAGUCUCAUCCUUGCCACAGCGAAGUGAAUCUGAGGCAUCAGUAACCAAACCGGUGUAUGCCAAUCCAAGCACCAAGGCGACAGAUGCUACUGCUCCAUCGGGUGCUGCUGAAUAUAAAUGCUUCACCUGUGGCCAGAUGGGUCAUACCUCUAGGACUUGCUACCACAGGAGACCUAUGCUUCCCCCUCGCCAACCAGCCGGUAAGCCUCAAGGUCGAGUCUACUCCGUGACUGCAAGUGAGGCUGAGGCCAAUCAGGCUGUGGUUACUGGUAACAUUCUAGAUUUAAACUUAAUUGUAUUGUUAAUAAUUGAUAUCAUGCCUACAUAA